CAAUCACCCUCUGACGUGUAUCCUCACGUAUCCUUCCUUUUCUACGCCCAUGGAACCCCCCAACUUCCCCCCCAAUUCCGAUCUUAUCCCCUCUUCAAACUCAGAUCAGCGCUGAUUAAACCCCCACACAUAACUUCACCAUAACCUCCGGAAAACACCGGAACUCAACUCCCCGCCAAAAUAUAAAUGAAGCAAAACAGGAAAAAAAAAAAGGUUUAAGAGAAUUUUAAAAUAAAUUAAUUUUUUAAAAUUUCUUUUUUGUCAGUCCACAAUCUCUCUCUUGUCCUUGUGCAUGCCUGUGUAUUGUAUUUCUCUGAACAUUUGCUUACCCUUUUAUUUGCCCUUUCUUUUCUUCCAUGGCCAAAGCCAAAGCCCCAAGGCGAACUCUAGAUUCUUAUACAGUCAAACACAUCAACAAAACAAUUAAAGCUGGAGAUUGCGUGUUGAUGCGACCAGCGGAUCAAUCAAAGCCGUCGUACGUGGCGAGAAUCGAGCGGAUCGAGGCGGACGCACGAGGGGGAAACGUGAAGGUGCACGUGAGGUGGUACUAUAGGCCGGAGGAGUCGAUCGGAGGGAGGAGACAGUUCCAUGGAUCUAAAGAGGUUUUCUUGUCUGAUCAUUACGAUGUGCAAAGCGCUGAUACCAUCGAAGGAAAGUGUACGGUCCAUAGUUUCAAGAGCUAUACCAAGCUUGACGCCGUUGGAAACGACGACUUCUUCUGUCGUUUUGAGUAUAAUUCCUCCACCGGUGCUUUCAAUCCCGAUCGCGUCGCCGUUUAUUGCAAAUGUGAGAUGCCUUACAAUCCUGAUGACUUAAUGGUUCAGUGCGAAGGUUGCAGUGACUGGUUUCAUCCUGCUUGUAUAGAAAUGACAGCAGAGGAGGCUAAACGACUUGACCACUUCUUUUGUGAAAGUUGUUCAUCUGAAGGUCAGAAGAAGUUGCAGAACUCCCAUGCCACUUCCAGACACUCAGAUACAAAGGUGGAUACAAAACGACGACGGAGGUGACAAAAAGUAAAUAAACCUAGUGUUUUAGUCAAGAGGGCUGGAGUUGUUCUCGUUUUUAACCUUGCGUAGGCUUCAAGCAAACCAGAGGCAAAUAUAUCUGCAUCAAAAUCUGUAGCCUUGUGAGUCGAUGAUGGUUGACAGUAACUGGUUUGAAAACCUAUGUCCUGUUUAUAUGGUUUGAGGGUCAGUCAGUGAAGUCAACAAUAUGUUUGGUUGUAUGUAAUAUCACGAUGUAGGUUUCUCCUCUCUCUCUCUCUCUCGUUUACAAAUUAGGGUUGUGUAUAAUCAAACUGUUUUUAACAUAUAAAAGAGCAACAGAUUCCUGGUAUUGUCUA